AUGGCAAAGCAUCAUCAAUCACAAUUUAUUGGACAAGACCUUCUAUUACGUUUUCAUUUAACAGUAAAAAUAAUUGAUGGACCAGAUGAUGACUUCGAUAUUGUCGGUUAUGAACUAAAACAUACUUUGAAUGAUAAAGACAAACUCAUUGAUUCAUAUAUAAAUAUUACUAAUGAUGAUCAUGGUAAGUAUGAUCCAAGCGGUCAAGAAAUGUCUGAACAUGAAACAUUUGGUUAA